AUGGACCAUAGACUGUCACAGUGUUGGGAAGUUUGUCCAAAAAUUGGCUGUCAUCUACAUCGGAAUAUCAUAAUGGAACCAGUACCAACAUUAAAGAUUAUGAUAAAGAUAGCGGUUGGAAUAACAGCAAUAACAGAAAAACUACUUCCUGGGGUAUUCAAAAUGAAUGUUGUGAUAAGGUCAGAAGUGAUUAUAUUUUUCAAGAAAAUUCGUGGAAUAAAUCAACCAAAACUUUAUCAAAUCCUAAGAAUCUGUCUAAAACCAAACACUGCCAUAGACCCAUGUAACUUUGUGAGGGGUCCUCUGGAAAAUAGUAAUGCACUAAAUGGAUAUCAAAGACUGGAUUUUUUAGAGAAGAAAGAAUGUAUUUCACAGUUGAGAGAUGUUUUAGGAAGUAUUGAUAUGUCACUCGAAGACUUUGAAUUGUUGAUAUUAAUGAAAAUUAGAAGUAAUAAGGAAUUCCACGGGAAUAAACUUGAAACUAGAGCACACACCAAAGAAAGAUUUGAUGAAUAUAUCAUAACUAUUUCGAGGAUCACAGCAUACGUGAUCAUAGCAACAUCUGGACAAGAAUCGCCAACGCGAUCACAUAUUAUUGCAACUUCGGCGUUUCGGCAAAGUGUUUCCUGA